AGAAUAUGCAGUGGUUACGAGCAAUUUUGUGAGCGACAUUACAAACUCACCCAAAAAUUAAUAAAUCAAGGAUUUAGAUAUGCGGAGCUAUGUAAAGCGUUUAUAGGGUUUGCAAAAAGUCAUUUGCAUUGCAAAUAUUGA